GUGAUCGUGCAGGGGGAGGAGGCUGUGUUGGGCAGAGGUAGUAGUAGUAGUGAAUGACACAGAUUUGCUAGAUGACAUGUAGCGGACCUCUGCAUCAGCUAAGAGGAAUUAAGCUUUGUCACUCCCCACUGGGACUACCUUUCUCCUGGUAUGUGCGCGAGGAGGAAUUCAUAUGCUGCUGCUGCAGCCACCAGAGCAGAGCCCUGAGUACACUUUGCCACAGAAAGCAGUGAGCAAGAAUGAUAGCUGUCUCUUUUAAAUGCCGUUGUCAAAUUCUGAGGCGACUUACGAAAGAUGAGAGCCCCUACACUAAAUCCGCCAGCCAGACAAAGCCGCCUGAUGGAGCAUUGGCUGUGAGGAGACAGAGCAUCCCAGAGGAAUUCAAGGGCUCCACAGUUGUUGAAUUGAUGAAGAAGGAAGGCACCACCCUCGGCUUGACAGUAUCUGGAGGAAUUGAUAAGGAUGGCAAGCCAAGAGUAUCAAAUCUACGGCAAGGAGGCAUUGCUGCUAGAAGUGAUCAGCUGGAUGUAGGCGAUUACAUCAAAGCAGUGAAUGGAAUCAACCUGGCCAAAUUCCGCCAUGAUGAGAUCAUCAGUUUGCUGAAGAACGUUGGGGAAAGAGUGGUUCUGGAAGUUGAGUAUGAGCUGCCUCCAGUUUCUGUACAAGGAUCAGGUAUCAUUUUCCGGACGGUGGAGGUCACAUUACAUAAAGAAGGCAACACCUUUGGGUUUGUAAUAAGAGGGGGAGCGCAUGAUGAUAGAAAUAAAUCUCGUCCGGUUGUGAUAACAUGUGUUCGUCCUGGAGGGCCUGCUGACAGAGAGGGCACCAUCAAACCUGGUGACAGGUUGCUCAGUGUGGAUGGAAUUCGUCUUCUUGGAACCACGCACGCUGAAGCCAUGAGUAUUCUUAAACAGUGCGGACAAGAAGCAACGUUGCUGGUAGAAUAUGAUGUCUCCAUAAUGGAUUCGGUGGCAACAGCAUCCGGGCCACUACUAGUGGAAGUUGCCAAAACUCCUGGUGCCAGCCUGGGGGUUGCCCUAACUACCUCGAUGUGCUGUAACAAACAGGUCAUUGUCAUAGACAAAAUCAAAUCUGCAAGUAUUGCAGACAGAUGUGGAGCACUGCACGUGGGAGAUCACAUCCUGUCUAUUGAUGGAACUAGCAUGGAGUACUGUACACUAGCAGAAGCAACCCAGUUCCUGGCGAACACCACCGACCAGGUCAAGCUAGAGAUUCUUCCCCAUCACCAGACUCGCCUGGCCCUGAAGGGACCUGAACACGCAGCGUUGGUGUCUUCAUCCUUCUCUCCUACCUCCAUGAGUGCAUACAGCCUGAGUUCCCUGAACAUGGGGACUUUACCUCGAAGCCUCUACUCCACUAGCCCACGUGGAACCAUGAUGAGGAGGAGACUGAAAAAGAAAGACUUCAAAAGUUCACUGUCUUUAGCCUCGAGUACGGUUGGCUUGGCUGGACAGGUUGUUCACACAGAAACCACAGAGGUUGUGCUGACAGCGGAUCCUGUCACUGGAUUUGGGAUACAACUGCAGGGCAGUGUGUUUGCCACAGAGACUCUCUCUUCUCCGCCUCUGAUUUCCUACAUUGAAGCUGACAGCCCGGCAGAGAGGUGUGGGGUGCUACAGAUUGGAGAUCGAGUGAUGGUCAUUAAUGGAAUUCCAACUGAAGACAGCACCUUCGAGGAAGCCAAUCAGCUCCUCCGAGAUUCUUCCAUCACUAACAAGGUCACCCUGGAGAUUGAGUUUGAUGUUGCAGAGUCUGUCAUCCCAAGUAGUGGAACGUUUCAUGUAAAGCUACCUAAGAAGCACAAUGUGGAACUGGGAAUAACCAUAAGCUCACCAUCCAGUAGAAAACCAGGGGACCCUCUUGUCAUUUCCGAUAUCAAGAAAGGCAGUGUGGCGCACAGAACCGGAACUCUGGAACUUGGGGAUAAACUACUUGCAAUCGAUAACAUCCGGCUGGACAACUGUUCCAUGGAAGAUGCAGUUCAGAUCCUCCAGCAGUGUGAAGACCUGGUGAAACUCAAAAUCCGCAAAGAUGAGGAUAAUUCAGAUGAGCAAGAAAGUUCCGGAGCGAUUAUUUACACCGUGGAGCUUAAGCGCUAUGGGGGGCCCCUUGGCAUCACAAUUUCGGGAACUGAAGAGCCAUUUGAUCCUAUAAUCAUUUCAAGCCUCACAAAAGGGGGAUUAGCUGAAAGAACUGGUGCCAUCCAUAUAGGAGACCGAAUCCUCGCCAUCAACAGCAGUAGCUUGAAAGGAAAGCCUCUGAGUGAAGCCAUCCACUUGUUACAGAUGGCGGGAGAGACUGUCACUUUGAAAAUUAAGAAACAGACAGAUGCCCAGUCUGCAUCAAGUCCUAAGAAAUUCCCCAUUCCCAGCCAUUUGAGUGAUCUGGGGGAUGUGGAGGAGGACUCUUCUCCAGCUCAGAAGCCAGGCAAACUCUCCGACAUGUACCCCUCUGCAGUGCCCAGUGUGGACAGUGCUGUUGAAUCAUGGGACGGCUCUGGAAUAGAUGCCAGCUAUGGGAAUCAAGGCACGAGUUUUCAGGCCUCCGGAUACAGCUUCAACACCUAUGACUGGAGGAGCCCGAAACAGAGAGGAAGUUUGUCCCCAGUCACCAAGCCACGAAGCCAGACGUACCCAGAUGUGGGGCUGAGUAAUGAAGACUGGGACCGGUCCACAGCCAGUGGUUUUGCAGGGGCUCCUGACAGUGUUGAGGUGGAACAAGAAGAGAACUUCUGGUCUCAAGCGCUGGAAGAUUUAGAAACCUGUGGACAAUCAGGAAUUCUGAGAGAACUUGAGGAGAAAGCUGACAGGCGUCUGUCUUUGAGAAACAUGACUCUCUUGGCAACAAUCAUGUCGGGGAGCACGAUGAGCUUGAAUCAUGAGGUCCCCACACCUCGCAGUCAGCUGGGACGACAGGCCAGCUUCCAGGAACGGAGCACCUCUCGACCGCACUAUAGCCAAACGACUCGGAGCAACACCCUGCCCUCAGAUGUAGGCAGGAAGUCUGUAACACUGCGAAAAAUGAAGCAAGAAAUAAAGGAUAUCAUGUCCCCGACUCCUGUGGAGCUGCACAAGGUGACCUUGUACAAGGACUCAGACAUAGAGGACUUUGGGUUCAGUGUAGCAGAUGGCUUGCUGGAGAAAGGAGUGUAUGUCAAAAAUAUUCGCCCAGCUGGACCAGGUGAUCUUGGUGGCUUAAAACCUUAUGACAGGCUCUUACAGGUUAAUCAUGUCCGCACAAGAGACUUUGACUGCUGCCUUGUUGUGCCCCUCAUAGCGGAAUCUGGCAAUAAGCUGGACCUGGUGAUUAGUAGAAACCCUCUGGCUUCACAGAAGUCUAUAGAACAACAGACUCUACCAGGAGGAGACUGGCGUGAACAGAACAGUGCUUAUUUCCAACAACCUAGCCACAGUGGUAAUUUGGAGACACGGGAACCCACUAAUACGUUAUAGCAGCGCUUUUUAUAAAACAGGACAAAAGAUGUCAUAUACAUGGUGCUAAAAAUCCCUUUUAAGAUUUCUGUGCCUGUUGAAGCACAGAUCAUCACGUGGCAUUAACUGUAAGCACAGGGGUCUUUUAAAUCUCUCUCAUGGCUCACGCUCACUUCCCUUUCCAAGUUGAAGAGAUUUCUUUUUUUGGUGACCACUAUGGUGUAUGGUAGACAAGAGAAAAAUAGGUAGGCUGUUCCACCCCACAAAUGAACAUCUGAGGCAUUUUUUUUUACAAGUUCAUCUAAGUAUCACUUUUUAAAAAGAGAAAUGUCUGUUUAAAAAUAUUCUCUAUGGUAAUUUCCUUCAUUCACUUUGAAAUCAGUUUCUUACUAUGAAGUCUUUGAUGUAAGAACUUGAUCAACAUGGUCAAGUAGUUAAAGCUGGCUCGACCAGGGGAACUAGGGUUUUGUAAGCUGUGGGAACUGCUGCAACGGGAGGGGUACUAGUAAUACAAUUCAGUUAUCUUAAAAUGUUUCAGCAAUGGUGCACGUAGCAGACAAUUAUAGGUGGUGGGAAAAUGUUUUGCCCAAGUAUAGGAAUGAUUUUAACUAAAAUGUAUGCUAUUCCCUAUGCAACAAAUGAUCAAACAGGAUAUGUCUUGUGACCUGUUUUGUUUUUUUUUUCUUAAAAGACACAUUUUUAAUAGCUGAAAAUCUCUGAUAAUGAAUUAGAAUGUUUAGUAACACUGAGGAUUAGUUACCUUAUUUUUUAAAUUCAAGACUAAGAACUUAAGAGAGAAUGAAGAGUGUAUUAAAAUAGGGUUCAUCUUAAUGAUAGGUUAAUCCAAUUCAAACUGCUUGACAUGUUUUGAAAACCAGUAAUAUUGAGGGGUGUACAACACAUGUACUUUAAAAAUGACACGGGACAAUCUUUUGUUCUGAGCCAUGCCACUUAUGGAAAUUGUAAAUACUUUUUUCACAAAAUGCAUUGCCAAUUAUGACCAUCCUUCAAAGCAAUAAAUUGUGACAGUUGCUUUUAUGUUUGUCAGCAACUGUUUUCAUUUGUUCAGAUAUUUUGAAUAGUUACACUAAUAACUGUUAUUUGGUGAAUAUGAAAAAAUAGAUCUGUAUAUUGAUUGUAAAAUCUCCAUACUGAAAUGAUUAUUUUCCAAAUAUUUUCAUUUUGGUCAAUAAUUCAAACAACCACUUAGGUAAAACAUUCAAACACUGUGUCCUUUGUUGAAGGAAAACUCACUUUUCUUUAUGUGCAGAGAAAUACAUUAUUUUAAUCAUAUUUCAAAACUGCCAGGGCAAGAAAGUAUAAAGGAGGUCGCAUUAAGUAAAAAAAAAGUCAUGAGUCACUUAAAUAUGUAUUUUUAUUUGUAACAAACAAGUAUUAAGCUGUAAAGUAUUUUUGUACAAAUUUAAUACUUUAAUAGCAUGGUAUUUAUCGUCUAUGUAUGUUUUGGGGAAUUCAAAAUUGUUGCAGAUAUUUGUAUGGAAACUAAAAAAAAAAGAAAACACAACACCCUCUACCAAAUGGAAUAAACAGUGAUUUUAAAGAGCAAAAAAUAUAGGUAUGCAUU